AUGGCACCAGAGGCUCCCGUGGCGCUGGCGGGUGACGAAGACGCUAUGCCCGAACUACCAAGCUACGAAGACGUGUUGAAGGAGGACGCCCAGCGGAUGCAGGGCUCGCAGUCGGCGCCGCCCCCGAGACCGCCAAGACCCAGCCCAAGCUCGCGUCCGCAGCCCCCGCCGGGACCCCAGUACCGGCCGCGACCCCAGUCGUCGGCACCCGCACGCCCCGGCUUGCCGUGGCGGUAUCCGUCGGGGUUCUACUGCCACAAGUGCAACAACACGGGCUACAAGAUCAAGAACGGCCGCUCGUGCAAGUCGUGCUGGCGGCGCUUCGCGCCGCCCAACAGCGCAGCAGCAACGCCCUCGCUCACCUACGGCAGCAACAUGUGGAUGAGCCCAUUCGCCGCAAGACCCAUGUACAUGGGCGCGCCCUCGCCCGCCGCGCCCGUGAGCCCCGGCGGACGCCCGCUCGUCGUGCAACCGGGCGACCCCAGGCUCGGCGGCGUCGUGUGCGGCGAAUGCAGAGGCACCGGCCGCAUCAGCUUCCUGCUCGACGAAGAUAUAUGCCCUCUAUGCCGAGGCAUUGGCAGGAUCAUCGCUUGA